AUGACAGAAUUUUAUGAUCUCGGAGCCCAUUGUCAAUUUGAUGGCUGCAAUCAGAAGGAUUUUCUACCGUUUAAAUGCGAUAAAUGCAACAAGUAUUAUUGUUUGGCGCACCGAACACUGCAAGACCACAAAUGUCCAUUCGAUGAUUCUGUUGGAGUGGUUGCUCCAUUUUGCCCUCUUUGCAAUCAAGUACUUCCCUACAGAGCGAGUGAAAGAGAGAACCCAAACGAUGUUGUUGAGCGUCAUAUUUCGAGCGGUAAAUGCCCAGGAUUAUCGGAUAACCAACCAAGUUCCUCGAUGUCGUCAACAGGUAAAUCAGGCUCUUGCUCUUUUCCCAAUUGUGAACAACAUGGAAUGAUAAUUUGUAAAUCAUGCAACAGGACAUUUUGUGUACAACAUCGUUUGGACUUUGAUCAUAACUGUGAAGCUUUAAAAAAAACAAACACUUCUUCCUCAAAACAAGCACAAACACCAUUUAAAAUAUUUAGUGGAGCUUCUUCAUCCAUUGCAGCUAACAAAUGGAAAAAUAACAAAAAGGAGGUCGGAAAAUUGCUUAAUAACAAGUUUCAAAAUAAGGCGUUUCAACCAAUUGGCCAGUCAUCUAUUGAACAACAGGAUCGAUAUUAUUUAGAUGUUUAUUUCCCAUUGAAUUCCAACAUUGCACCAGUGCACAUGUUUUUCAGUAAGAAUUGGUCAUUGGGCAAAGUAUUAGACAAGAUUGCAGAACAAGGCAAAGUGAAAAAUAAUAAUUCCUCAGAGCUAGAUGUCAGCAAACGCUUGCAUUUAUUCACAUUUGAUGGUAAUCGAUUGCCUACUGACAAGAAACUAUGCGAAAUUGAAUCUAGUAUAUUGAAGAGUCGUGACGGAGUAAUUCUUGAAUAUGGAGAGGCUUUGGAUCCAAAUUUAGUUGAUGAAAAGCUCAAGAGCAUUUCAUCCAACACUGACACGGGUUGUGUCCUAUGUUAA